GAAAUCAAUUUCAGUGACCCUUGUGUAUUUGAUUUUUUGUGUUUUUGUCAACCUUUGGAAUCGUUUGCCAAACUAAAACUGAUAUAUUUUUGAAGCCAGGAUGCAAUCCCUCGCAGCUAUCAACUUAUUUUUAUACAACAGCCUGGUGUGCUACCUGGUCACGCAUAUCAAGCGCACCAUUGAGACUUCUAACGUCGAUUUUAGUUUCUGGCAGCUCGUACCCAUCGCUAGCUACAUUUUGGCUAGCCCACAGGCCGUCGACGAAACACGGAAGAUCAAUGAAGUUCCGUGGAAGAUCAACUUCUAUUUGAACUUUUUGUUGCUGCUUCCAGCAAUGAUUCAGCGCCGCCAUUUCAAGCUUCUAGUGGGCGCGAUCCUCAUUUGCAACAUUUACGUCUUCGAGCGCUUGGUGGUGUUCUUUGGGUACCUCUUGUGGGUCCUGUGGAGAAGUGAUAUGAACUCGACCCACUACGCCACUCUGGCCUUCUGCGGUGUGUUUAUGAACGCAGUGCACUUGGCGGCGAUCAGCGGCACCCUAAAAUGGCAGUCGAGGUGCCUGUGGAAGGAGUGCCUAUCGCAGAUGCAGACGCCGGUUCCCAAAGUUCCAAAGAAAUUUCGAAAGGCGAAGACCAUCAAAAUUAUUGGCGAUGGAGCCGUUCUUUGAACAGGAAACAAGUCUCGGAUGGCAGCCGCCCCUUUUAACUGGGUCACCAUUAGUCAAGGACUUAACCUUCCCGCAGCAACAAAUACUGGCUCGUUGGCUCAACUAAUAAAUAUGCCAGAAAACCCCAGACACACACACUAAGCACGUAAACAUUCGUCCAUCGCACCCACCCAUCCCUCCACAAACCCGCUCCCCAGGACAUGUACAAAUGAAUCGCAGCUGAGGGCCAUCCAAGCAACGGGGAAAUAAAACCAUUAAAUAUUUGCGGUUAAACGCACCAAAACAAA